AGGAUGCCAGAAUUAUUUUGGGCCGAGAUUCAGAUGUUAAAAUAGAAAAAAAGGUUGCAGGGUAGAUUACCAUGUGGAACACAGGCAGUUGUGCUCGACCUACAUGUAGCGCUACCAAGGGACCCUGAAAAGGCAACGUUUCCAGACAAGGUUGUAAACGAAGAGGUGAAAUAUUCAGACAUGCCCAGAGGCCUCAGCUGCCUGGCAAGCUCCGAAGGAGCAGGCACCACGUACGAGACUCCCCCGGCUUCAGAGCUGCACAGGCUGAUGUGGACAAAGAAAGGACCCAGCAACCACCUGGAUGAGGUUCAGCCCAGGAUCUAUAUUGGAGACAUGUACGCAGCCAAAGACAAGAGGACACUCCAAGCUCACCGCAUCACCCACGUGCUUAACGCUGCUGAUGGGAAGUUCAACGUGAACACGGGCCAAAGCUUCUACAGAGACACCAAUAUCACUUACUAUGGAGUGGAGGCUUUUGACAUGUCAUCCUUUAACAUGAGUCCCUUCUUUUACCAAGCUGCCAAUUUCAUCAAGAACGCUUUGAGCUCACCCACAGGUAAAGUGUUCGUCCACUGCGCGAUGGGUCUCAGCCGCUCGUCCACACUAGUCCUGGCCUAUCUCAUGAUCCAUGAGCACAUGACGCUGGUGGACGCGUUCAAAGCCGUCGGUGCCAACAGAAACAUCUCGCCAAAUAACGGCUUCCUGGAGCAGCUCAGAGAGCUGGACAAACAGCUGCACUACCAGGGGUCAUCGAGGAGCUUGUGCUGAAAAAAAAUCUGGCCAUAACAGUGGAUUACCACAUAACCGUCUGUCAGUAUAUAUCAGAAUGUCUGCCAAUAAAAUCUUCCUAAAUGUUA